CAAACCCUUCUAGCGUCUUCUUUUUCUCACUCUAUUUGUAGUGGGCCCACCUAUUUUUUAUUUUUUCCUUUUCUAAUUAUUUCCCUUUCAUUCUCGAACCCACGAAAGAAGGACCCUUUUUUCUUUCCAUCCUCCCCAUCAAUUUACUCCCAUCCGAAACUUCUAGAAACAACAAGAACCUACCGUCUCUCUCACUCUCUCUCAACCGUGGAUUCUUCCGCUUCUGACGCUCUUUCUGCUACUCUGUUGGCCGGUGAAUAUUGUAAUUCAAUAUUACGCAGAUCAAGGUAACCAAAUAAUAUCCUAAUAAUAAUUAUUGUUUUAUUAAUAUUAUUUUCUUUCACCUGGAUAAUAUCAAGAGGAAUCGGGUUUGGGUAAGGUUAGAUAGGUUCCAGUUCUAGACUUUCUCGUAGAUGUAGUUUACCUUAUCCAAAUAACUGUAUAGUUGGUAAGUAGUAAAUUGAUGCAUUUAGAAGAACUAGUUUAUUUUAGAAGCCGCUUAUGAGCUUAGCAGAGAAGUGAUUGGGCAGCUUAGCUAGGUUUCAGUUCCAGAUCUGGUAGCGGAGCAGAUGAUGGCGCCAUUACCGGUGGAGCAAACCGGUGAAUCAGCGCCGGCGGAGUCACAGAGAUCUAUUCCGACGCCGUUUCUGACGAAGACGUACCAGCUCGUGGAUGAUCCCUCCGCGGAUGACCUAAUUUCCUGGAACGAAGAUGGCACCAGUUUCAUAGUUUGGCGGCCUGCGGAAUUCGCACGUGAUUUGCUUCCCAAGUACUUCAAACACAACAACUUCUCCAGUUUUGUCCGUCAGCUAAACACCUAUGGAUUUCGGAAGGUUGUCCCUGACCGUUGGGAAUUCGCUAACGACUGUUUCCGGCGAGGUGAGAGAACUCUGCUUCGGGACAUACAACGCCGGAAAAUAUUACCGGUGCCACCAACUGCGCAACCUGCAGUAGCCACAGCCAAUACUGUGACGGUUGCUGUGGCGGCACCGGCAAUCAGAGCUGUGUCUCCGACGACUUCCGGCGACGAACAGGUACUAUCCUCGAACUCAUCUCCGAUUGCUGGAAAUAAUAAUAAUACAGUGCACCGCACCACGAGUUGCACCACUGCGCCCGAGCUGUUAGAAGAAAAUGAAAGGCUUAGAAAAGAGAACAUGCAACUGAAUCACGAGUUGAGUCAAUUGAAGAGUUUGUGUAAUAACAUACUCGCUUUGAUGACCAAUUACGCUUCUGGUUUUAGCCGUCAGCAGUUAGAAUCGUCCACUAGUGCUGUGAGGACCAUGCCGGUGCCGGAAGGGAAGGCUUUGGAGCUUUUGCCUGCGAAGCAUGUUUCUUCGGCUGAUGACGCCAUGCAUGUCGGUAGCGCUGCCGGCUUUGCGCCGUGUACGACUGCGAAUGCAGCGGAGGCAGAGGUUCCCAAGCUGUUUGGGGUUUCUAUUGGUUUGAAACGGUGUAGGACAGAGUGCGAGACCGAACCGGAGGGAGAAGAACAGAAUCAAAUGCAAACGCGAGUUCAAACUCAGCCACAAACACAGACACAGUCCUCACAGGAACCAGAUGGCGGGCCAGAUGUGAAAUCUGAACCGCUUGAUGGAGAUGAGUCGGAUGAUCAGGAUCCUCGGUGGCUGGAGCUUGGGAAAUAAUGCUCCUUCCUUCUAAUCUCUGCUAAUUUGGUAAAAUGACAUGAGGCACGUGACUUUGGUGGCCACAUUGUGCACAUUGAAGACACUAAGCUAGCACUACCAUUGGGCCAGCACGUGAAUUGAGCUUGUUUGUAGUGGAAGCUGCAACACAUGGAGAGGGGUUUCGUAUAAUUCAACUCUUGGCCAUGAGUGAAUAGUGGGAAAGUCAACUUCCUUGAGCUCCAAACUUCUUUAUCUUGAGAAAUAAAUGUUCUUGAGAACUGUUGUUGUAAAUCUUCAAUGAACAUUUGUAAAAGAUAAUACCCCUACCAUUGACUUCUCAUUUUUUUCUCUUGUUUAAGAACAUUUUAUGCGAUAUGUAUAUACAUAUAAUAUAAAAUUUUUCGAAUUUAUAUUUAA